GCGGGAUGCGGGAUGCGGGAUGCGGGAUGCCCGCUGAGGGAGAGCUCCGGGGCCUGGGGGCCCCAGGCCUGGCCUGGCGGUCAGACCCCUGCGGUUUUUUGUUUGUUUGUUUUUAAUAUAUACAUAUUUUUUAAUUUAUUUACUCAUGGGAGACACAGAGAGAGAGGCAGAGGGAGAAGCAGGCCCCAUGCAGGGAGCCCGACGUGGGACUCGAUCCCGGGUCUCCAGGACCGCGCCCUGGGCUGCAGGCGGCGCUACACCGCCGAGCCACCCCGGCGUCCCGUACACUCCUGCAUUCUUGCCACCGUUCUGCCAAGUGACCUCGGGUGAGUCACUUAACCUCUCCGGGUCUCCUUUUUGGAGUCUAACUCACAAAGGUAUCGACGCCAAUAAUUUAUGUCAGAAUCUAAGUAACGAUGCCAGUUACCUGGAAGAGUGGCUGCAAGUGCCAUCGUGUGUGAUUGAAGUCCUCCUAAAGUGAAUGCAGCAGCAAGGCAUCUUGAGUGACGGCUCCCAGGAAAGGUAGGUGACUGUCACCCCCCGGGGCCACUGUGUGUGGCUCAGAUCUCUCGGCUCCUGGACGGAGAGAUGAUUUUGGGGGGACAGUUCCAAAGAUAGGAUGGGAGACUCCUCUACCAAAAAGAUCCCACUUGCAGUGAGAAGUGGAGCUAGAAGAUUCGGAUAGGAACCCCAAGGCAUGGGAGUAGGAUGCUAAAAUGGGACUCAGUAUGACUCACUCUUGGUGGAAACUCCAGAAGCUGAGAAGUACUGGUGGACACUAGAAGGCAAGAAAACCCCGAUGCAAGGUGGGGUGCUUGAGCACUCAGGCAGGCAGGCCACUGUGAAGAUUUGUCCUCUCAUCAAAAUCUGCCUGGAGGAUCCAAACAGGUUGAGGUUACGAAGCUUCCAGACUUUCUUCACAGCUAGGCGAGGGCAUGCCAGGCCCUACAGGUCCUCCCUCCUGCUCUAGAGUCAGGAAGGGAGGGGCAGGACUUCCCUCUUUUCAAUCCAGUUAAGACAGGCUUCCAAAGAAUCCCUUGGAGAGGCUGACCCAUGUCUCCCGGGGUGUGUGGGGGACAGAGGCCAGGUCUGACUCCCACCCCAAGAAGCCCAGAGGCAGAGGCUCAUCACAGCAGCCUGGUGACAGAGCAGAGAAGUGCACUGAGGGCCGAUCCCCCGACCACACGGGCAAUGGCCCACAGAUCUGACGUGAGACCCCGGGAAGGGAAGGGGCUUGGCAGAACCUUAGACCUGACCCCCUUGGGACACCUGGCGGGAAAGGGGACCCAACAGGACCAGCAGACUUUCAUGUGGUCAGGGGUGGAAGGAGAGAAGGUGAUGCCCACUGCAGCUGAGGCCUCCUCCAGAAGACAAUGCCGCCCACAAAAAAACAACAGAAAGGUGCCUGAUGGGAACCCAUCAAAACAGGAGGCAACAACGUGGGGCAGGACGCCAGUCAAAUAUUACCUGUCCUGCCCUACCUCUCCUCCCUCCACUAUCUCCAAACCAUGGAGGAGCCACAAGUGGUCCCAUGAAGUGAGGAAGAGGAAGAGGAAGGACCAGGCAGGAGGACCCUGGGGAAGACUCCAGCAUCCUCUGUCUGCUGCCUGUCAGACCCAAGCGGGGAGGAAAGAGAAGAUUUCACUGUUGAGAGUUCAGCUCCUUCAGCGUGCCAAGUACGCAAUCUUCAGGGACCAGAGUGUGCCAGCAAGGAUGACCCUCUAGAACAGGUGUCACUUGGAGAGAGCAGCCAGUCCAUUCACUAGCCUGGCUGGAUGUCUGAGAUGGCGCAGGAUGACAGCAGAGCCUCUGCUCCCUGGAUGCAGAGCUUGGAAGGAUUUGAAGACACACUGCCUCUUUUUGGUCCCUGGAUAUUUGGUGCAUGUCCCAGAAUAA